GGUAAUUGCAAAAUGCUUAAAGCAACAAACCCCAUGCAAGUACAAUCUCUCAUUUACAUAGAGGAUCCUUCAACAUAAUAUCAUUCUCUGAAUCAGCAGUUCCAUUGUGUUCCUAGUCCACCAUCAUGGCUACCAAGAUCAAAGGGAUAUACAAAGGUUUUAAAUUCAUUUCCCAAAUCUUUGUUGUGAAGGAGCGAGAGAUGGAAAUUAGGUAUCCGACAGAUGUCAAACAUGUGGCACACAUCGGUUGGGAUGGCCCUUCUGGCACUGCACCGAGUUGGAUGAAUGAAUUCAAGACAGGCCCUGAAUUCACAGCAACAUCAAUCGGUAACUCCAGAGGUUCUAAUCCUACUCCUCUUUCAACAUGGUCCUCUCAAGAUUUUGAACAAUCAAUGGGAUGCCAACCUGCAACAGAGAUGAUAAGAGACCUGCCUUCGAUGGAUCUCCCUAAUAUUCCUAAGAAGCAAAAACGGAAAAAGAAGAAAACUUCCUCUCCGAAGUGUUCCUCCUCCAAAUCUUCACGAACAUCAAAGACCAAGGCAACAUAUACUCAAUUGGACUCAUCAACAGAACCUGAAAUUUAG